GGCAGGCUGGGCAGAGGGGUCAGCGAAGCCCCCCCAACGCAGGAGCCGCAGGCGCGGUGGUCGGGGUCCGGGUCCGCGAGCGAGGGGGAGAUCAGCCCCCACCCUCAGUGAGCAGGGGCUGCUGGGACUUGUAGUUCGGGGCAGGGCCAUCCGCGGGCCAUGGAAGGGUGGCUGGUCAGCGGCUCCAGGCUAGGGGAGAUCGGCUUCUGGGCUGAUAGGACACCUGUUCAUGAAGCGGCCAGGAGGGGAGAGAUCCUGCAGCUGCAGCAGCUGAUAGCGAAUGGUGCCUGCGUAAACCUGGUCACCUACGACUCUAUCACCCCCUUGCAUGAGGCGAGCCUGCGAGGUCAGACGCAGUGUGUGAAACUCUUGCUUGCGGCAGGGGCCCAGGUGGAUGCCAGGAACAUAGAUGGCAGCACUCCGCUCUGUGACGCUUGUGCUUCAGGCAGUAUUGAAUGUGUGAAAGUGCUCCUGUCCCAUGGAGCGAAGGUGAAUCCUCCGCUCUACACGGCGUCCCCUCUCCACGAAGCCUGCAUGAAUGGGAGUCCGGAGUGCGUGCGGCUCCUGAUCGACGUCGGCGCGAACCUGGAGGCCCACGAUUGCCACUUUGGAACCCCUCUGCACGUAGCCUGUGCCCGGGAGCAUCUGGAUUGUGUGAAGUUACUGCUCAAUGCCGGGGCAAAUGUGAAUGCAGCUAAACUUCACGAGACAGCUCUUCACCACGCAGCCAAGGUGAAAAAUGCGGAUCUGGUAGAGAUGCUGGUUGAAUUUGGAGGAAACAUUUAUGCCCGGGACAACCGAGGGAAGAAACCCUCCGACUACACGUGUCGGAGCAGCCAGACUGCUAAGUGCUUGGAGUACUAUGAAAGAAUGCGCAAUCAAAGCGCCCCUCCAGUGCAAAUAAAAUCAACCCCCCAGAACCAGCUCUUGCUCUCCACGUCCCUUUCAACCCGUGCCAGGGAAGGAAGGGAUGACUCUGCAAAUGCGGCUCAGCUUUCCACUCCUCCUCCCCACUUCCGUGCCCCACUCCCUGCUCCACCCCACACUGCCUUGCAGAGCCGCCUUUACAGGGAGAGGCCUGAAGAAAACCCCUCCAAUCCAAACACUGCUUGUGCUUUGGGAAAGUCCAGCUCCAGAUGUGGCUCAGCUCUGUCUCUCUGUUACAGUUAGUACCUCUCGAGAAUCCUCCCGAUUGUGUUGCUGGCUGCUGCUAGCAGAGUGUGUUAGCGUUGGCUUGCAGUGCAGGCAUUUGAUCACAGCAGCUUCACUCUAACUAUGUCAAGUUGGUCCAAUGAAAACAAGGUGUUGCCCGGAUUUUGUGCCUGUAAAAACCUUGCAGGACUGAGGAAUUAACUGUUUGUAGCACAGCCCUGUUAUUUUUCCAGUCGUGGGGCUUGCACAGGAAGGAGACUCGACCCCUGAAUCUCAUUGCUAGUCGUAUGAAG